GCCGCAGCCUCACCCCCGGGGAUGUCACGCAAGGGAAAAGAUGAUUUCCGUCGGCUCUAUACCGUGUCCGACCCCCGCGCCCACCCCAAGGGCCACACCGAGUAUAAAGUCACCGCCCAGUUCAUCUCAAAGAAGAACCCGGAGGACAUCAAAGAGGUGGUGGUCUGGAAACGUUACAGUGACUUCCGCCGGCUGCACGGAGACCUGGCCUACAUCCACCGGAACCUCUUCCGACGCCUGGAGGAGUUUCCCGCCUUUCCUCGGGCUCAGGUCUUCGGCCGAUUCGAAGCGGCGGUGAUUGAGGAGCGGAGGAAGGGGGCAGAGGACAUGCUACGCUUCACGGUACACAUCCCCGCUCUCAACAACAGCCCCCAGCUCAAGGAGUUCUUCCGGGGUGGGGAGGUGACUCGGCCCGUCGUUCCCAGUGACCUGCACAUCCUCCCACCUCCAUUGAUCCCCACGCCGCCCCCCGAAGAGCCUCCGCCCCUCCAGCCUUUCCCCUUAGAGAGUUUGGGCCUGGAAGAGAGCGAGGAGGAGAACGAGUCAGAGGAACUACCACCGUCCAGCCCUGCCCAGGAGGCCUUGGAUCUGCUGUUCGACUGCGGAGGGACCGAGGAGGAGCCGGGUUCCCCGGCCCAGGCGCCGCUGUCCGAGGCGGAGAUGGCCCUCUUCGACCCUCUCUCCAAAGACGGAGGAGCCAGCCCCACUCACGCGGCGGAGCUGGCCGCUGUCGGGACUGAAGUGGAGCGGCAGGACCGGGCCCCCUGGGAGCCGGGAGGGCAGGGGCAACAUCGGGAGGAAGAAGAGGAGGAGGAGGAUGAAGAGGGCGGCCCCCCACCCCCCUACCUGAGCCGCGCCACCCAGCUCAUCACGCGAGCCCUGCGGGACGAGCAGGCCGGGGCCUAUGCCGCGGCCCUCCAGGGCUACCGCGACGGAGUGGACGUCCUGCUGCAGGGGGUGUCCGCCGACCCGUCCCGCACCCGUCGCGAAGGGGUGAAGAGGAAGACGGCCGAGUACUUGCGGCGCGCGGAGGAGAUCCUCAAGCUGCACCUGCCCGCCCUGGACCCCUGAGCUGGGGUGCCCCGGCCAAGCUCCACAGCCCCCCGGGGGGCUUCACUGCCAGCUGCUCCCCCCAAACCCACACCCCCACACAGUUCCUUUCAUCGCCCCCCACGUCUCCCUUUUCCAUCGGCCACCGGAGGGGCGAGGAGAAGCAACGUGGCCUGGUGGUUAGAGUCAGCAGGUCCUGGCUUCUAAUCCCGCCUCUGCCACCUCUCAGC